AUGGAUGCAUCCGAGACAGCCGGACCCUCGGGUGGCAAUGGCAAAGACAAGGAGACGGUGAAGGUGGUGGUGCGAUGUCGGCCACUUUUCGGCAAGGAGCUCGUGGAAGGCCGAAAGUCGAUCGUAACUCUGGACGGCGCAGCCGCGUUGAUCUCCCUCAAGUGCCCCGACAACGGCCAGAUCAAGUCCUUCACGUUCGACUCGGUCUACGAUGAAACCACGUCGCAGCGGCAGUUCUACGACGAGUCUGGUUACCCCCUCGUGGAGUCCAUCUUCGAUGGAUACAACGGCACCAUUUUCGCGUACGGGCAGACUGGAUGCGGUAAAACGCAUACCAUGCAGGGCAAGGACUCCCCUCCAGAGCUACGCGGCGUGAUUCCGCUCUCCUUCGACCACAUUUUCGACACGAUCAACGCCGACACGACGCGAGAGUACAUGGUGCGAGCGUCGUACCUGGAAAUCUACAACGAGGACAUUCGUGAUCUGCUCAACGAUGACGCGAAAAAGAAACUGGAUUUGAAGGAGUCGGCGGACGGAACGGUCUACGUGAAAGACCUCACCGAAGUUGUGGUGAGGGAUGUGGAGUCGAUGAACAACGUGAUGAAUCGAGGAUUCAAGAACCGAACUGUCGGCGCAACCUUGAUGAACGAAGGCUCUUCAAGAUCGCACUCCAUCUUCACGGUUGUUGUAGAAACGAACGAAACUAUUGGUGGCCAAGACCAUUUCAAAGCCGGAAAGCUCAACUUGGUGGAUCUGGCAGGUAGCGAGCGUCAGAGUAAAACUGGUGCAACGGGGAAUCGUCUGAAGGAAGGCUGCAAGAUCAACUUGAGCCUUUCGGCAUUGGGCAACGUUAUCUCAGCGCUUGUAGACGGCAAGGGCAAGCACAUUCCGUAUCGAGACUCGAAGCUCACCCGGUUGUUACAGGACUCCCUUGGUGGCAACACUAAGACGCUCAUGGUUGCCGCUGUAAGCCCCGCGGACUACAACUACGACGAGACCUUAUCCACACUACGCUACGCAAAUCGCGCCAAGAACAUCAAGAACAAACCUGUGGUGAACGAGGACCCGAAAGACGCCAAGCUGCGUGAGUACAAGGAAGAAAUCGAGCGGCUACGCAAAAUGCUCGAGUCGCAGUCCCAGUCACGAGGCGGCGAGUUGGGGACUUCCAGCGGCAUGGGGACUCCAUCUCGCCCCCUUUCGCCCCGGUCUGGCAGUGGCAGCGGUUCACGACCAAACAGCAACGAAGCCUUGGCAAAAGAGCGAGAAGAAAUCACCAAAUACCAACAGGAAGCUGCGGAAAUGCUCGAACGCGCCAAGCGUAUGAUGGACGAGGCGAAGGCUAUGCAAGACCAGCGUCAAGAGCAGCAAGUGGAUCCGGAGGUGAUCCCCGACUCUCACGUCAAGGAGCGAGACGAGCUGCGCGAGCUGAACCAAGCCAUUCUGAACCAGCGUGAUCGCAUCGGCCAGGAGCUGGAGCAGACGCAGGUGGCGAUGGAGGCCUACAUGCGCGAGAAGGAGGUGCUGCAUGCCAAGCUCAAGAAGAUCGAGAGUCAUAUUCUCGGUGGAGCAUCGGGGUCUUCCUCUACGCGUGGGUCUAUCAGCGGAGGCAACGAUGCCGACUCGGAGGUGGCCCUACUCAAGCAGCAGGUGGAGUACCGUCGAGCCCAGAUCAAGUUGCGAGAGAAAGCCAAGAAGCAGGCGAAGAACGAGGCCAUGCGACGAGCGCUGGAGCUGGAAAAGCAGCAGGUGGAAGAGGAGCUCAAGACAGCACAAGAAGCCGCACAAGCGAGUCUGGCUGCAGCAAGAAAGAAAGAGGCCAAGUACAAAGCCAAGCUCGAAGCCACGCGGCAAGAGAUCGCGGACCUCAACAGCGAGUUCGAGCGAGAGCGGGAGAACAUGCUGGACACGAUCCGAGAGCAAACGAAGGAAGCCAAGCUGCUGGAGCAGCUCGUAGAGCUCUUUCUACCUCAGAACGAGCUGGUCAAGGUGUGGGAACGCGCUGUGUGGAGUGAAGAGCGGGAGGAGUGGAAUCUGCCGAAGUUGAAGCCUCGUAGCGACUUCCACACGAUCAAACUGCCCACGCUGCCGCUGGGAGGCGGAGGAGGGAGCGCUGGCAUUGAGUCUGGAGGGGCUGAGGUCAUAUCGGACGACGAAGGGAAUACUCGACAAGGCAGCGCUGGAGCUGCUGGCAACACGACAGUGCGGUCGUCUGGAUCUUCGUCCAGUGCCAAGCGGAGGAAGAGCAGCAUAUCUCGUCAGUCUUCUCAGGGCGCCCACGCUGGAGCCAUCAUCCCGUACGAUAACGAAGCUUUGAUGGCAAACCACACGCCCGCAACAUCCAGUCGCCUUCCGAGCGCAGUACAUACAAGCAGACCCGACUCCAAGGCAGUCACGCGAGGGGUAAGUCCACACAACAGCUC